AUGGCAGAGGCGCAGGCAGUGGCUGGCGCAGAAACUUUGAUGGAUACGCGGACGGCGACGGCCGAGCUGGGCUGGACUGCCAACCCUCCUUCAGGGUGGGAAGAAGUCAGUGGCUACGACGAAAACCUCAACACCAUCCGUACGUACCAGGUGUGCAAUGUCUUCGAGCCCAACCAGAACAACUGGCUCCUCACCACAUUCAUCAACCGGCGUGGAGCUCACCGCAUCUACACCGAGAUGCGCUUCACUGUGCGGGACUGCAGCAGCCUCCCCAAUGUCCCCGGCUCCUGCAAGGAGACCUUCAACCUCUACUACUACGAGACGGACUCUGUCAUUGCCACCAAGAAGUCUGCUUUCUGGACAGAGGCACCCUACCUCAAAGUGGACACCAUUGCUGCUGACGAGAGCUUCUCCCAGGUGGACUUUGGUGGCAGGUUGAUGAAGGUGAACACAGAAGUGAGAAGUUUCGGGCCCCUGACCCGCAAUGGCUUUUACCUGGCUUUCCAGGACUACGGGGCUUGUAUGUCUCUGCUGUCCGUCAGGGUCUUCUUCAAGAAGUGCCCCAGCGUGGUGCAGAACUUUGCCAUCUUCCCAGAGACGAUGACAGGAGCGGAGAGCACCUCUCUAGUGACUGCCCGUGGCACUUGCAUCCCCAAUGCUGAGGAGGUGGAUGUGCCCAUCAAAUUGUACUGCAAUGGCGAUGGGGAGUGGAUGGUCCCCAUCGGUCGCUGUACCUGCAAGGCUGGUUAUGAGCCAGAGAACAACGUGGCCUGCAAAGCCCCCUCCACCGUCCCCAUCAUGCACCAGGUGAGUGCCACAAUGAGGAGCAUCACGCUCUCCUGGCCUCAGCCUGAGCAGCCCAACGGCAUCAUCCUGGACUACGAGAUCCGCUACUACGAGAAGGACCACAAUGAGUACAACUCCUCCAUGGCCCGCAGCCAGACCAACACGGCCAGAAUCGAGGGGCUGCGACCCGGCAUGGUGUACGUGGUGCAGGUGCGAGCCCGCACCGUGGCCGGCUACGGCAAGUACAGCGGGAAAAUGUGCUUCCAGACGCUGACGGAUGAUGAUUACAAGUCAGAGCUGAGAGAGCAGCUGCCCUUGAUUGCGGGGUCCGCAGCAGCCGGGGUGGUCUUCAUUGUCUCACUGGUGGCCAUUUCCAUCGUCUGCAGCAGGAAGCGCGCCUACAGCAAGGAGGCGGUGUACAGUGAUAAAUUACAGCACUACAGCACCGGGCGAGGGUCUCCAGGGAUGAAGAUCUACAUUGACCCCUUCACUUACGAGGACCCCAAUGAGGCGGUCCGAGAGUUCGCCAAGGAGAUUGAUGUAUCCUUUGUGAAGAUUGAAGAAGUCAUUGGAGCAGGGGAGUUUGGAGAAGUGUAUAAAGGACGCCUGAAGUUACCUGGCAAACGGGAGAUCUAUGUGGCCAUCAAAACGCUCAAGGCUGGCUACUCCGAGAAGCAGCGCCGGGAUUUCCUGAGCGAGGCCAGCAUCAUGGGGCAGUUCGACCAUCCCAACAUCAUUCGGCUGGAAGGGGUGGUGACCAAAAGCCGACCGGUCAUGAUCAUCACAGAGUUCAUGGAGAACGGGGCCCUGGACUCGUUCCUGCGGCAAAAUGACGGGCAGUUCACAGUGAUCCAGCUGGUGGGGAUGCUCAGAGGAAUUGCUGCUGGGAUGAAGUACCUUGCGGAGAUGAAUUACGUGCACCGAGAUCUGGCUGCCAGGAACAUCCUGGUCAACAGCAACCUGGUGUGCAAAGUGUCGGACUUUGGCCUCUCGCGCUACCUGCAGGAUGAUACCUUCUCUCCCUUUUUUCCGUAGGGGGGGAAGAUCCCUGUCAGGUGGACAGCGCCGGAGGCCAUCGCCUACCGCAAGUUCACCUCGGCCAGCGACGUCUGGAGCUAUGGCAUCGUCAUGUGGGAGGUGAUGUCGUUCGGGGAGAGGCCCUACUGGGACAUGUCCAACCAAGACGUCAUCAACGCGAUCGAGCAGGAUUACCGGCUCCCGCCGCCCAUGGACUGUCCCGCCGCCCUGCACCAGCUGAUGCUGGACUGCUGGCAGAAGGACCGCAACACCCGCCCGCGCUUCACUGAGAUAGUCAACACCCUUGACAAAAUGAUCCGCAACCCGGCGAGCCUCAAAACUGUGGCUACCAUCACCGCUGUGCCUUCUCAGCCCCUCCUCGACCGCUCCAUCCCCGACUUCACUGCCUUUACCUCAGUAGACGACUGGCUGAGUGCCGUGAAGAUGAGCCAGUACAGGGACAGCUUCCUGACCGCGGGCUUCACCUCCCUGCAGCUUGUCGCCCAGAUGACGUCCGAAGACCUCCUGAGAAUAGGGGUGACUUUGGCUGGGCACCAGAAGAAGAUCCUGAACAGCGUCCAGUCCAUGCGAGUACAGAUGAGUCAGUCUCCGACCUCGAUGGCAUGA